AUGAACCUACCCCUGUCAGACCCGGUGCUCCUCGCGCAGGACAUCCCCGAGACGCUCACCGCGCGCCUGCGGUCGUCGGGGCAGGCAGUUUGUCUCCGCUUCUCCCAUCGCGGCGAUCUUCUCGCCAGUGGCACCGCUAAGGGCACCAUUGCCAUCUUCGACCUCGAGACCAACGGUGUCGCCCGCAAACUGAAGGGCCACACGGCUAACCGCCCUGUGCAGUCCUUGUCGUGGGAGAAGAGUGGCCGAUAUCUCCUCAGUAGCAGUAUUGACUGGAAGGUGAUACUGUGGGACUUGCAAGAUGGAAGCAGAUUACGCACCGUCAAGUUGGGCGCGCCGGUGUACAUCGCAGAGCUGCACCCGAAUGACUUCAAUGUCUGCGUCGCGGCGCUGUACGAGCAUCGCCCAGUCCUCGCAGACCUCACAGAACCCAUAGCCAAGCAGACGCCGCUGCCGAACCUGCCCAAACGAGCACCACACGAGAUCGAGGGGAAUGAGAAGGCAGACGCUAAGCACUUCACCACUGUGGCCGCCUUCACUCCCAGCGGAUCGCAUGUGAUUACUGGCACGACCAAGGGAUGGCUCAACAUUAUUGAUUUACAGACCAAGGAGACUGUCUACAGCAAUCGUCUCUGCAGCAAGCCCAUCCUCCUCAUCCGGCUCAGUAGCUCUGGACGAGACAUUCUGGUCAAUUCCUCCGAUACUAUCAUCCGCACGAUCAAACUCCCGGACCUCUCCAGUCCCAAUCUCCAUCCGGACAGCAUCAGACUAGAAGUCGAACACAAGUUUCAGGAUGUUGUCAAUCGGCUGUCAUGGAACCAUGUAACAUUCAGCAGCAACGCCGACUACGUCAUGGCUUCCACUCUCAUGAACCACGACAUUUAUAUCUGGGAGCGCGGUCACGGCUCGCUGGUCAAGAUUCUGGAGGGUCCAAAGGAGGAGCUGGGGGCAGUAGAAUGGCAUCCGGUCCGCCCAUUUGUUGCAGCAACAGGACUAGAAAGUGGAAGGAUAUACCUGUGGUCUAUCAAGACUCCGCAACGGUGGUCUGCGCUUGCUCCUGACUUUGUGGAGGUGGAGGAGAACGAGGAGUACAUUGAGAAGGAGGACGAGUUCGACAUCCACGAUACAGCAGAGCUGCAGAAACGAAGACUGGAUCAGGAGGACGAAGAAGUGGAUGUGCUUACAGUGGAUGAAGAACAGCUGGAACGGGAAGGCAAAGCCGGCAAGGACGAGUUCCGAAUGCCAGUGCUGCUUGACAUGGGCGAGAGCGACAGUGAGGAUGAAAUCGUCGCCAUUGGCACGGGGCAAUACCGCCGGAAGAGCACCGCGCAGGCCGAUGAGAUGGAGUUCGUGGACGGCGACGACAUUGUUAACGGCGAUGUCGAGACCAACGGCCACACUGGAACGAAGAGACGACGAGGAGAUUGA